AUGACUGAAGUAAUUGGUGGCUUAAAUAAUGAUGAUGGCAAUUCAUGUUUUAUAAAUUCAAUUUUACAGAGCUCAGCAUCAUGCAACUAUCUGCUUCAAUUCCUUGAUAAUGUCAUUGAAAACAAGACUACUGGUACAGAUGCCAAUGUAGCUGAAUUUACCACUACAAUUGAGAAGAAACCGAAAUGUAUUAUUUCAAAAUCCAAGUAUGGUAAAAAGAAGAAGAAUAAGAAGCAGAAUCAAAAAAAUCCACUUGCUGAAAAAAAUUCGAAAUACCAUAAUAAUGAAAAAUUCUUUAUUGAAUUACGAAAAUUGUUAACCAAUGUAAACACAAGAUAUACACAUAAAAAAGGGUUAAGUUUCUCAACGAGUAAAUUUAUCUCAACAUUAAGUUCACAAACAAUUAUUAAUGCGACAGAUCAACAAGACGCUCAAGAAUUUCUACAAAUACUAUUUAAUGAUUUAGAGAAAUCACAAAUUUUUCAUACAACAGUCAAGAUUACAUCAAAUGAUGCUUUACAAAUAAAAACACCAUUUGAAGGAAUCCUAAUGGCAAGAAUGAAAUGUUUAACAUGCGAUGAAAUAAGUAAUCCGAACUUCAAACUGUUUUCAAAUUUGACGUUGUCUUUACCUCGAUAUUCGAAACAAGAAACAUUUAAUGAUAUCCUUUCCACCUUUUGGAACCAAUUGGAUUACGUGGAGAAUGUUUCAUGUAAUCGUUGUACACUAUUGAAGCACGCGAAUUCAAAUAGUGAAUAUCAGAAUUUGCUCGUAAAAGAUGUGAUCAAAGAUGAUGAUAUGGAGAAUAUCUUAAAAAGGGAUAACUUGGAAAUGGUUAAAUCUAAUAAGAUUAAACAAAUCAAAAUUUUGAAACCUCCUAAAAUAUUAUCAUUCCAUUUUAAUAGAUCAAUCUUUGAUAGGAAACAAUUUAAAUUUAAGAAGAAUAAUUGUAAAGUUUUACUUACACCAAAAUUGAAUAUAUCAAAAUUUUGUAUUGUCGACUCCGAUCUAGCAGUCGAUGUCGCGGAUGGUUAUGCUCCAGAUUUUUAUUACAAGAAUAAGAACGGAAAUAGUGAGAAAGACAAAAAAUAUUAUGAAAAACUACAUCAAUCUUAUGAAACAGAAUAUGCACAGAGUGAUGAAGAUGAUGAUUUUAACGAAAGCAGAGACGAGAACCAAUACAAUUCCCGUCAAGAUAUUCCAGAAAAUAUUGAUUUGUUUGAUAGCCAAAAUUUCCCAUUAAAAGAACUUGGUCAUAUUAUCGGUAACAACAAGUGUGUGUAUUCAUUAAAAUCUAUUGUGGUCCAUUAUGGAAGUCACGAUUAUGGACAUUAUAUAUCGUACCGGAGAUUUGAAGAUCAAUGGUGGAGGAUAUCUGAUGAGUCCGUUUUAAAAGUUGAUGAAGAUGAAGUGUUUUCUGCUUCAGGUAUAUUUAUUGUAUUUUAUGAGCAAGAUAUUUAA